AUGGCUCUCACGGCUCCCUUGUCAUGGGCAACAGCCACACUGGCUUUGUUUUCUUUUCUCUCUUUCCUCGUCCCGGCUAAUGCACUAUACUUCUAUGCUGAUGGUCGUCAACCUAAGUGCUUCUACGAGGACUUGCCAAAGGACACCCUGGUAGCAGGAAAUUUCGCGAGCUAUGUUGUCAAUCCCUCAACCGGUGUCUACGCCAUCGACCACAGCGUCCGAAUCAUGAUCACCGUCGACGAGACCUUCGAUAAUGACCACCGCGUCGUCUCUAAGCGCGAGCACCACUCCGGCCGCUUCACUUUCACCGCUGCCGAUGCCGGUCAGCACAAGAUUUGUUUCACGGCUGAAACCGACGCCUCGACUGGGUGGCUCGCUACUACCCCCGGCGCGGUUAAGAUAUCCCUUGACAUUGCGAUUGGAGAGACUUCUAAGAUUGAGACGGAAGACAAGGAUAAGAUGAAGGAUAUCGUGCAGCGUGUGAAGGAUCUAAAUGGUCGUUUACAUGAUAUUCGAAGGGAGCAGGUCUACCAGCGUGAACGUGAGGCCGAGUUCCGUGAUCAGUCCGAGACUACUAACUCCCGUGUUGUCCGCUGGACCCUGAUCCAAUUGGCUAUUCUGUCUGUUGCUUGUGCAUGGCAACUCUCGCAUCUGCGGUCAUUCUUCAUUAAGCAGAAGUUGACUUAG